ACACUUGAUAAAGAUAACGUAAUCGCAAAGAUGAAUUUUAUUUUAAUCAUGACGUCAUUUUGAUUUUGACAAACAGCGCUGCUGAACGUGUAGUUGCAAGUGAGAACAUAAAUACGUUGUUCCUACGACAUAAAAUAGAGAUUCCAUUAAACUUUUGAUAUGUUUAAAACUUUGUGUCAACAGUAUCUAAAAUCUUCGUUUUCUAAAUAUAAUUUAAUCACUAUGAAUUCAUAUUGUAAGGACGUAGCGUUAACGGAGCCAAUCCCUUUCUCGAAAGAUUUUCUUUUUCGUCAAAUGUUCGAUCCCGUGUCCAGUACGUAUACUUAUCUAUUGGCCGACAUCAACGAUAAGACCGCGAUCUUAAUUGAUCCGGUCAUCGAAUGGGCAGAACGAGAUAAAACCAUUAUUCAGGAAUUGGGAUUAACGUUAAAAUAUGCUAUAAAUACGCAUAUGCACGCUGAUCAUAUCACCGGAACAGGAAAGCUGAAGAGUUUGUUACCUGGUUGCCAGUCAAUGAUAUCACGUAGCAGCGGCGCUAAGGCUGAUAUACUCUUGAGUCCGGAUGACCAAAUAAGCUUCGGCAAGCAUAAUUUACUGGUGUUGCCUACUCCCGGACACACCGAAGGUUGCGUUACCUACGUAUGCUACGAACAAGGUAUAGCAUUCACAGGCGAUGCUUUGUUGAUACGCGGAUGUGGACGAACAGAUUUCCAGGGUGGCUCCGCGGAAGUCUUGUACAAUUCAGUUCAUUCGAAAAUCUUUACGUUGCCAGCAAAUUUCAGACUGUAUCCUGCCCACGAUUACUCUGGUAGAACAGUAACCACGGUGGCCGAGGAGAAGGCCUUUAAUCCUAGAUUAUCUAAAUCCCUAAAUGAAUUUGUCGACAUAAUGAACAACCUUAAUCUGGCGUACCCAAAAAUGAUCGACAAAGCUGUACCGGCGAACAAAGUUUGCGGUCUAUACGAAGUUGCCAAGGAACAGAAACCAUGAAGAGAUGAACCGGGUGAUAUUUUUACGUCGAUCGAUCGGCUUGUUGUUAAUUCGAUUUGAUCGUUUUGCGUACGAUAAUAGCGCAUAAUAUAGAAGAGUAUCAAUCGCAGGAUAAAAAUAAAAGUAAUGAUGUACAAGCGAAACGAGGUGGCCCAUCGUUGUUAAUUAACACCCUCGACCUGCUUAAUUUUGAAAUUUGCGCUGGCAUUAAAAUUAAAAUUAAAAUUCCGCGUAAAGAAACGCAACGUCAUUUCCAACCCUUUUGUUCUCAUUAAACGUUAUGGCCACGUCUUCUAAAUAACGUAUGCUAAAUUUUAUACACUAAUUAAAUUUCCACCCGUGCACAACGUAGGUACCCUGAACUCGACGCACAAUUAUAAUUCAAAAUAAUUCCAACCGUAUUUAUCGCACCGUACCAACCGAGCGUGUUCUUAUUUCUCGACCGAAUCAGCCAUAGUUCUACCGUAAACGCGUUAUCGCUGUUAUCUUGUACAGAGGAGAUUUUAUAUUAGCAUAGGUAAAUACGUCGGAGGAAUUAAUCAGCGUGCGAAAGUGGAUAUCAGCGGCGAUGAAAAGAUAGCGCUGGUUAAAAUUUCGCCGAUUUUACGACGUCCCAUCCACUCAGCUACUUUGACGUUUAUAGGCGGGCUGAUUUUCUGAAGCACGCGAAACGAAACGUAAGGCGGUAAUAGAGAUGGAGGCUGCUGUAAUCGGGUAGUUUAAACGGGCUGUCUUGUCGAAACUCGGGACGAAGAGACCCCCAUGGUGUGCCGCUGGUUUCUACUGCAUAGCUGAGGGUUGAAAUCGAUACCGUUUCCAGGGUAACCGGUGGGUACGGUGGCCGACACACGGGCAAAGGUAUGGGCCAAGGCUAUCUGCUCGUGCGUUUUCAUGCUCUUCUGAAAAAAAGAGGAAGAAACGGGCAGAGACGGUUAGCGGGGAGAGGAGGAAGAAAAACAGACGAAGCCACGCGGAAUGUGUAAUUUCUCUGGGUCCGAUGGCUUAGACGGAAAAUAGAGAGAAGUCGAACGAACGGGGUAUGCGGUUGGUUAACAAAAAUGAAAUGUCAAGAGACGUUUGUUAAGCCGUACGUACUUACGUGCAAGCUUCUCUAAACCGUAAAAACGACAAGAGCCGGAAAGUGAGCGGAUGCAACGAAACAGUGUUGGCAAUUCGUCCGGUUUAAAGAGUCGUUGAUGCGCAGAUAUAUAUGCCGCUCACGAUAUUUCGUUCUAUACCGUUUGAUUUUGUCUUCGUGUACCUCGCCGUUCCUCUUGGCCUCGCCUUGAUUACGCAUUAUAGACGUAUAAAAGUAUCAGAGACGAAUAUAAACGAUGUCGUAGCGUUGUAUAUUACACUUCGUGUAUUAAUAGGGCUAUUACGGACGCGUAUUAGCGACGAUAUUAUGUAAAUGCACAGUAAAAAGGUAGUAGCCCCUGAAACGUUACAACUCUAUCAUCUUGAACGUUUUGAUGUUCAUCGGCGGAUACAUAAUUCGAAUCGAAUCGCUCCUCUCUUAGUCGCACCCAUUUCUCAGUAUAAUUAACGACUAUCGUAGCAUACAAUUGCAUUAGAUUGAUUUAUACGUUAUAUCGUACUAGGCUAGCCUGCUAUCGGGUAAUCGUAGGUACGUCAUGACAAUAUUUAUAUCGACAAUAUUUAUAAUGGACAUGCUAUUUGUGACAAAUGUCGAUUACAUUGCUGCACUAGAUCGUUGCGGGUGGAUUAGCUGGAGAAGGUUCGCGUCAAACUGAAUCAUUGCUUCGUGUUUUAACGCAUUAACUACUACUAACUUAAUAUUACGUGCUUCUACAGCUAAGGCCGGACAGAUCAAUUAUCAACGAAAUCAACAAAGGAGAAUUUUUUCUAUCAUCCGAAUUAGAUAAAAUAUGCGAUAAUAGACGACAGUAUCUGAAAGCAAACUUUUCAAAUCCUUCGGUAACGCGCAAUUUCUCGAAAUCGUCAAACCGGUCGACCGACCUUAAAAAUAUUCGACCAUGUUUCCUUUCAAUCAUGCGCACGUAUAGUGAGCGCGGAUACUAGGUUUAUUCUGGUUUCCUCUUUUUUUUUUUUUCCCCCGUUCGAAAUCGAAACCCGAGGUGUCAGUCGACUGCGACGGAUGACGCGCCAAAUUCUGUCAUCGCUCGGUAUUAGCCUGUUCUCUAUUCUUUGGCCGGACAAUUCGGUUCACCGUAUUAAAUACUCGAAACGCCUGAAAUAUAGAUGGAUUGAAUUUAUGGUUUAACCGAAUAUUUAUGCAAUUAUGCGUUGUUAAUCGUAUACGUAUUCGGAAUGGUAAUGAGUAUUGUACGAUUCGGUCAAUAUUUAUUACAUAUGUUAAAACGCGAUUAUUAUUCGAUGAUACUAAUGUUAUCAAUUUAAUCUUAUUAAAUUUUAGCGAUACAUGGAUAUCUUAAUUAUAGUGUAAAUUACUUUCGCGAUAUAUCGACAUUUCAGUUUCUUCUUAUUUUGUACGUUUCAUCGACGUUGUAAAUUUUUAGUGGAAAAAAGAAAUUUUCACAGAAAAUAAACGAACGUUUUGGAACGAA